CCACAAACCAGCUGCACCCCCGUCUUGGCACAGAAAUAUGGAGUAAGUACAACAGCUCUGCACUUACUCCACUGGACAAGUUCAGCCAUAUGUUAAUCCAGAAUUACCAUGUGCAUUUAAUUGUGCAUGAGCAGCAUCCAGCCAUCACCAGCAGCGCUGAGGGAAAAGGAUGAAGAGCGCAGCCUUGGACAAAGUCGUCCCAGCAACCUUUGAGAAGCCGACACUUUGCCUUCUUGCUCUGGACUUUGUUUCGCCAACAACAUGCAGCAGAAUCGUGUUUCUCGUUGGUAUUUUGGUGGAGUCUCCUCCAGCGCAGCCGCCUGUCUGACACAUCCACUGGAUUUAAUUAAGGUGCACUUACAGACGCAGCAGGAGGUGAAGGUGAGGAUGGUCGGGAUGGCUGUUAACGUGGUGAGGAGAGAAGGUUUUCUGGCUCUCUACAGUGGCCUCAGCGCAUCCCUCUGCCGGCAGAUGACAUACUCUUUGUCACGGUUUGCCAUUUACGAAACUGUCAGGGAUGAGAUGAACAGGAAAAACAAAGGUGGCAUGCCUUUCUACCAGAAAGUCCUUCUGGGUGCAUUUGGAGGAUUUGUGGGUGGUUUCAUAGGGACGCCAGCUGACUUGGUCAAUGUCCGGAUGCAGAAUGAUGUCAAGCUGCCUGUAGAGCUCAGAAGAAAUUAUGCUCACGCACUAGAUGGACUCCUGCAUGUUUGGAAGGAGGAGGGAAUGAGGAAACUGUUCUCUGGUGCGUCAAUGGCUUCUUCUAGAGGUGCACUGGUAUCCGUUGGACAGCUGUCUUGUUACGAUCAGUCCAAGCAGUUGGUUCUGGCGACUGGUUACCUGACUGACAACAUCCUAACUCACUUCCUGGCCAGUGUGUUUGCAGGGGGCUGUGCCACAAUCCUAUGCCAACCACUUGACGUUGUUAAAACAAGAUUAAUGAACUCAAAACUGGAGUAUGGGGGUGUGUUUCACUGUCUAACAGAAACAGCGAGACUGGGCCCGAAGGCAUUUUACAAGGGUCUUGUUCCUGCAGCUAUCCGUCUCAUCCCUCACACAGUCUUCACCUUCAUGUUCCUCGAACAACUGAGGCAGCAUUUCGGCACAGUGGUUGUUGCCUGAGACUGUUGUAGGGUACAGUUUCACCAGUGUUGGACAGCUUCUGUAAUAAUCCUGUUCUUACAAUACCAACUCAGCAGGAGUCCACUAAUAACAAGAACCAGGAGGAAGACACACACCAAUGUACGUCUAAAAAACAAAACACAUUUUCAUGCAACAUUUUUCACCCAUAGUGCAAAAUGAAAGUGACUCAUGCAUUAUCAUGCAAGGCACAGAUAAGGCACUGCAGUGGGAAGAGUGAUUUUGUUUAACUGUCUCCUACAGCAUACCAAACACAGAGGACUUGAUUUGUAAGGAUUGUGUUAACUUUAAACCAGGAACAUUACCUGUGGUGAAACGUACAGACACAGAGAUUGUGAAAUGUAAACCUGUAGCCAGAGGUCUAUAAAGCUAAUAUCCACUGAUGAUGCUCUCUGUGACAUGCUCCAGGCAAUUACACUUUUUAAUACUAAGCCUUCUUUGCCCUCUUGGGGACAGUGUUACACUGAAAAAUAAUGUGUGUAUGUAUUGUGUAUUUGUGUGUAACGAUGCAGAAAUUAAGCUUAUUUGUACCAGACCAGUUUUUGGUGACUAUUGCCAAAACAAUUAUUUUUGCACUGUGGAAAAUGUUUUCAGAUUUGUGGCGUUAAGAUAAUGGUGUUUAUCCCCAGGAGGACUUGUCUGAAGUAGUGCAUUCAGAACAAAUGCUGUAGUUUACACCAUGACUGAUUUAAUAAUUAAAAGAAUCUCUCCUUAUCUGUUCAUGGGCCACUGCCUUGUUGAUCAUUUGUCUCUCUACUGAGCUUCUGUCAGGCUGAGCGGCUGCCUGUCAGAUCUUCUCUCUCUUGAACAGAACUUAAAUUGGCUGAAUCAACAUGUGCCAGACAGAGCAAAAGCACCCAGUUAUAGAAACACGUUAAUUCAGUUUAUAACCAUGCUUUCACGAGGACAAUCAGCAGGCUUUUCAUGUGAAGGCUCAUAAAUUCCAAGAGGGGUUGAGAGUCUUGCUUGGGUAGCAGUACGUGGGUUUGUGGCUCCUUUUAUGUUGUUUCAGGUGUUAUUUUAGUAUUACCUUUUACAGUGGAGCAACAAUCCAUCAUCUUCAGCUUUGAAGACACCUGAUAUUUGUCCCUGCCUUGUGGUUUACUUACUGGCAAUAUCGAUGUCAGUGUUUCAGCGAUGAUCGUUGUCUUCAGGGACAUGACAGCUUUACUUUUCUUUCUAUGAUGUAAAAGUAAACUCUCUUCCUGUGGUCCAACCUGAUGAAUGACAGAUAUAAACAUGAGAUUAAUGUGCACGGGGAAGAUUAUAUCCACAUAAGCUUUUUUUGUCACUAAGAAUUAACGGACAGGUUACAUAACUUUGUUUAACAAGUGACAUAAUGGCGAGACAGUUAUCUGUGGUUGUCAUGGAGCUCACGAUACAUAAUGUACAGUGAAUACCUUCUUUUUCAGCGUACGUCCUGCUUUACUUUGUGGUGAAGACGCAGACGCGGGUUCAUGUUUGUAGUCUCCUCUUUAUCAGGCGCUGUAUCACUGAUAGAAUACAGAUUGACCACUGUUCUGGAAAACAUCCACUGGGCAUACCAUUAAUAAUGUUAAUAAUACACUCAGACACACACAAAGAGGAGACAGAGACUUCAAACUCUGAUCAAAUAUUUUGGAAAAAAAAUCUGAGGUUUCAGACUCUAGUAACUGUGAAACCAGAUGUUGCGGGGUCAUAUCUCAACAGGAAAAAAUGAUUUGUAGCUUUGAAUUGAUAGGAUCCCCACUGUGUAUAUUAACCAACCUGCUUUACUUUUUUUUUUAACUUCAUAACAGCAUUGAAAAUCAUCUGAAAACAUUUCAGUCUUUGUAAAGGUCUUAUCAAAGCGAGCACAUUUCUCUCUCACACAGAAACACGGCCUGUGCAAAUAGAGGACUAAACAUAGCGUUGACUGCUGUUUGAUGAAAAACAUGCAAAGGACAGGCAUUCAAUUUCAUGGUGUCGAGACGGGGGCAUUAGAAAGGUUUUUGUUCCACUGUUAUAAUGGCAAACACUGAUGAGAUAUUUGCCUCUUAAUGGAAAGUCAACACCAAAACAACUUAGGACUCAUAUGUCUCUUACCGCUAUGUGACUGGAAUAAAAAAUUAAAUCUGAAAAAGGCAAAAUAGUGAAAAAUGCUUAUUUUAAUGCUUCUACCUUUAUCAGGGUCCAGUAGUGAUAUUUUGCAGCCUGCAGCCUGAAUCUCGUGUUUCAGCUCGGUCUCAUAGAAAUCCAUGAAAUUGACUAUUACAAAAUGCAUUAUGUGAUGAUAGGCACAAAAUGUUAAAAUUACAUGCUGGCAACACAAAAAAAUGCCAAUCCAAAGUCAACAAGGAUUUUUUUGGGCACACAAAUGAAGCAUAAAGAGAGAGGAAGUCGGCAUUGGAAAGGUUGGAGGGAAUGUUGGUAUGUGGGUCAAACAAACAUGGACUUUCAACCAGGAGGCUGCUGGUCAUGUCUCAUGUGAAUGAAAAAGUCAACCUAGUGUUACGGCUGUAUGUGUCCUGUGUUGUUGUCCCUUUUCCCUCCAUUGUAGCUCUGCCCAGGUGCACUGCAUCACGAGGUGCAUUGCACAUGGCAUAGCAGGUGCUUAUGAGCUCUUGUGCCAGCAGUAGAGGAGAGAGGCCUUUGGUGUGGGGACUGCUGGUCCUGCUGCCUCUCAGCCUGUUGUCUUGUUUGCUUGUUUUAUUUGUGAAUAAACCCCAUGGAUUUGAGUGCUUUAAA